UUAAAAGUAGAAUAAGGAUAAACUGAUGCUGGUAGCGCUAAUAGCGUCUCCUUGAACACACUCUAUGCAAGUUGUGUGGAUUACCAUAAAUAUCGUUACGCAGCAACAGAGACACGGAGUCCACUGUAAUCCACGUUGUCUGAUUGAAAAAUAUGGCUUCGAAAGAGAGUAACAUUAGUGUAUUGUAUAUGGAAUUAAAUAAAUUAGGACAAAAUGGGGAAUACGAAAGAGCUCUAAAAACUGCAAAUAGAAUUUUAGGGAUCUCCCAAGAUGAAGAAAUGGCAUUUUAUUGUAAAAUUAUAUGUUAUAUCCAGCUGUCCAAAUUCAAUGAAGCAUUACAACUCAUUGUUAAAACUCCAAAAUUAGCAACAAAUUUAGAAUUUGAAAAAGGAUAUUGUCUGUAUCGUUUAAAUCAAGUUUAUGAAGCAUUAAAAGUAAUAGAAAAUGUACAGAAUCUUUCUUUGAAGAUGAAAGAAUUAAAAGCUCAGAUAUUGUAUCGCUUAGAAAGAUACGAAGAAUGUUUUGCAGUAUAUCGAGAAAUCAUUAAGAAUUCAAAUGAUGAGUAUGAAGAGGAGAGAGAAACAAAUCUUGCAGCUGUUCUUACCAACUUGGCAAUUGAAAAUUCUGAUUUAGAAGUUCCUUCUUUACGCGAACAUACUUACGAGUUAACAUAUAACACAGCGUGUCAUUUACUCGCCCAAGGAAGCAGAGAUGACAUAAUAGAAGCAGAAAAAAAAUUGCGGAUUGCUGAGAAAAUGUGCAAGGAGGGAUUAGAGGAAGAUGGUGCAUCAGAAGAAGAAAUUGAAAAUGAAUUGGGUAUAAUUCGAGUACAACUUGGCUACUGUUUACAAUUGCAAAAUCGAGAGAAGGAAGCACAUACGUUAUAUAGUGUUGCUCUAAAAGCCAAACCAGAUGACAUUGCACUAGUUGCUGUAGCUAGCAACAAUUUAGUAUGCCUAAAUAAAGAUCAAAAUGUUUUUGAUAGUAAGAAGAGAAUGAAAAGUGCCACUCAAGAAAGUCUGGAGCACAAAUUGACUUCUAAACAAAGAAGAAAUAUUGCAUACAAUCAGUGUUUACUUGCAUUUUACACCGAUCAAGGAGAACAAUGUCAUCAGUUAUGUAAUAAUCUUGCAAAAGAUUGCGUUAUGCUUGCAGCAGAUGUAAUGUUCAUAAAAGCUGUACAAUUUAGUAAAGAAGGUAAACCAAAAGAGGCGGCAAAACUAUUAAUCGAACAUGCAAUUGACGAAAAGGAAUUGCCUAUGAAAUUGGCUAGUAUUCAACUACUUUUAAGUCAUGACGAAAGAAAAGAUGCAAUUGCUAUUCUCGAGAACUUAAACGAAAAGGAUAAAUUUUUACCUGGAAUAGUUAGCGCGCUCGUUACACUUUAUUUAGCUGAUAACGACCGGAAUAGAGCAUCAACCACUCUAAAAAACGCAGUUGCUUAUUAUAAAGAGAACAAAGAAGCUACUGAAAAUUUGAAGGAAUUGUGGAGGCAGGCUGCUAAUUUUUACUUACGCGGUGGAGAACUCAAAGUUGCUGCUGAUAUUCUACAAGAAUUAGUAGAUGCCUCGCCGUCUGAUAUCAAGACUUUAGCUCAAUUAGUAAUAGCUUAUGUACAGUUCUGUCCUAGUAAAGCACAGUUAUUAUCCAAAAGAUUACCACCGCUUCAUGAUCUUGUAGAAACUAUCGACAUUGACGCAUUAGAAAGUAGCAAUUGGCUUAUCGGAACUAAAGUAAUGAAAAAAAAGAUUGAACCUUCGCCUGGCAAACCAAUAUCAGAUGUAAUUCAAAAGAAGCACAAGAAACGCAAACGCAGAGGUAAGCUACCCAAGAACCAUGAUCCAAAUGUUAUGCCAGAUCCGGAACGAUGGUUACCAAGACACGAACGUAGUGGAUUCCGCAAAAAACGAGACAGAAGGAACAGAGAUACCGCUAUGAAAGGCACGCAAGGAGCCGCUACAGGAUCUAGUGAUCUUUACGACAUCACUAAAAUGCCUGCAAAUGCUAAACCUUCUCCAAAUCCUCGUCACAGUUCUGCAGUGGAAACUUCUGGCCCACGUCAGCAACAACGUAAAGUUCAACAAAAAAAGAAAAGAAAAGGUAGCAAGUGGUAACAAUUGUCAUUCUUCUAAACUCAUGGUCUUUUAAUAUAAAAUAAAUUAAAUUGCAUAAUCUGUAUUGAAAAAAAAUUGUUAUCAAAAUAAUACAAAUUGAAAAAAUCAAAU